CCCGCAUCACCAAGCCCCCCCAGGACCAGAGUGUCAUCAAGGGUACCCAGGCCUCCAUGGUGUGCGGUGUGGCCCAUGACCCCCGGGUGACCAUCAGGUAUGCCUGGGAGAAGGACGGGGCCACCCUGGCCAUGGAGAGCAACCCCCGCAUCCGCCUGGACAAAAACGGCUCCCUGCACAUCUCGCAGACGUGGUCGGGGGACAUUGGCACCUACACCUGUCGCGUGCUCUCAGCUGGAGGCAACGACUCGCGCAGUGCUCACCUGCGUGUCAGGCAACUGCCUCACGCUCCUGAGCACCCGGUGGCCACUCUCAGCACCUCGGAGCGGCGGGCCAUCAACCUGACGUGGGCCAAACCCUUCGAUGGCAACAGCCCCCUGAUCCGCUAUGUCCUGGAGAUGUCAGAGAACAAUGCUCCCUGGACCGUGCUCCUGGCCAGUGUGGACCCUGAGGCUACCUCGGUGAUGGUCAAGGGCUUGGUUCCCGCGCGCUCCUACCAGUUCCGCCUCUGUGCAGUCAACGACGUGGGGAAAGGACAGUUUAGCAAGGACACGGAGAGGGUCUCUCUCCCUGAGGAGCCCCCCACAGCCCCUCCACAGAAUGUAAUUGCCAGCGGCCGGACCAACCAGUCCAUUAUGAUCCAGUGGCAGCCGCCUCCUGAGAACCACCAGAAUGGCCUCCUCAAAGGCUACCUCAUCAGGUACUGCCUGGCCGGGCUGCCUGUUGGGUACCAGUUUAAGAACAUCACGGAUGCUGACGUCAACAAUCUGCUGCUGGAGGACCUCAUCAUCUGGACCAACUACGAGAUCGAGGUGGCCGCCUACAACAGCGCUGGGCUGGGUGUCUACAGCAGCAAAGUCACCGAGUGGACGCUGCAGGGAGUCCCCACAAUCCCUCCGGGCAACGUGCAUGCAGAAGCCACCAAUUCCACAACCAUCCGUUUCACCUGGACCGCCCCCAGCCCUCAAUUCAUCAAUGGUAUCAACCAGGGUUACAAGCUCAUCGCCUGGGAGCCGGAGCAGGAAGAGGAGGUUACCAUGGUAACUGCCCGGCCCAACUUUCAAGACAGCAUCCACGUGGGCUUCGUGUCUGGCCUGAAGAAGUUCACUGAGUACUUCACCUCUGUGCUAUGCUUCACCACUCCCGGAGACGGGCCUCGCAGCAGCCCCCAGCUGGUGCACACCCAUGAGGAUGUGCCUGGGCCUGUAGGACACCUGAGCUUCAGUGAGAUCCUGGACACCUCGCUGAAGGUCAGCUGGCAGGAGCCGGGGGAGAAGAACGGCAUCCUCACAGGGUACCGGAUCUCCUGGGAGGAGUAUAACCGAACCAACACACGCGUGACACACUACCUGCCCAACGUGACCCUGGAGUACCGCGUCACGGGCCUCACUGCGCUCACCACUUACACCAUCGAGGUGGCCGCCAUGACCGCCAAGGGCCAGGGCCAGGUCUCCGCCUCUACCAUCUCCUCCGGGGUGCCUCCAGAACUCCCAGGGGCCCCCACCAACCUGGGCAUUUCCAACAUUGGCCCCCGCUCCGUGACCUUGCAGUUCAGGCCAGGCUACGACGGGAAAACCUCCAUCUCCCGCUGGCUGGUGGAGGCCCAGGUGGGCGUCGUCGGGGAGGGAGAAGAGUGGCUGCUGAUUCACCAGCUCACCAACGAGCCCGACGCCCGCUCCAUGGAGGUGCCUGACCUCAACCCCUUCACCUACUACAGCUUCCGCAUGCGCCAGGUGAACAUCGUGGGCACUAGCCCACCCAGCCAGCCUUCUAGAAAGAUCCAGACCCUCCAGGCGCCCCCUGACAUGGCCCCGGCCAACGUAACCCUGCGCAUGGCCAGCGAGACCAGCCUGUGGCUCCGCUGGAUGCCUCUCCCGGAGAUGGAAUACAACGGGAGCCCCGAGUCGGUGGGCUACAAGAUUAAAUACAGCCGGGCAGACGGACAUGGCAAGACGCUGAGCCACGUGGUCCAGGACCGCGUGGAACGGGAGUACACCAUCGAGGACCUGGAGGAGUGGACGGAGUACCGCGUCCAGGUCCAGGCCUUCAACGCCAUCGGGAGCGGGCCCUGGAGCCAGACAGUGAUGGGCAGGACUCGGGAGUCAGUCCCGUCCUCUGGCCCCACCAACGUGUCUGCCCUGGCCACCACCUCCAGCAGCAUGCUGGUACGCUGGAACGCGGUCCCCGAGGCCGACCGCAAUGGGCUCGUGCUGGGUUACAAGGUGAUGUACAAGGAGAAGGACUCGGACUCGCAGCCCCGAGUCUGGCUGGUGGAAGGGAACUCGUCACGCAGCGUCCAGCUGACAGGCUUGGGCAAAUACGUGCUCUAUGAGAUCCAGGUGCUGGCCUUCACGCGCAUCGGCGACGGCAGCCCCAGCCACCCUCCCAUCCUGGAGCGGACACUGGAUGACGUCCCGGGACCACCCAUGGGCAUCCUGUUCCCAGAAGUGAGGACCACGUCGGUGAGGCUGAUCUGGCAGCCCCCUGCUGCCCCCAACGGCAUCAUUCUGGCUUACCAAAUCACACACCGGCUCAAUGCCACCACAGCCAACACUGCCACGGUGGAAGUGCUGCCGCCCAGUGCCCGCCAGUACACGGCCACCGGCCUCAAGCCAGAAUCUGUCUACCUGUUCCGCAUCACGGCCCAGACCCGCAAGGGCUGGGGAGAGGCCACCGAGGCCUUGGUCGUGACCACUGAGAAGAGAGACCGCCCCCAGCCCCCCAGCAAGCCCGUGGUGCAGCAGGAGGACGUGAAGGCACGCAGCGUGCUGCUGUCCUGGGAGCCGGGCAGCGACGGGCUGUCCCCCGUGCGGUACUACACCAUCCAGACCCGGGAGCUGCCCAGCGGCAAGUGGGCGCUGCACUCGGCCUCCGUGAGCCACAACGCCUCCGCCUUCCUGGUGGACAGGCUCAAGCCUUUCACAACCUACAAGUUCCGAGUAAAGGCGACCAAUGACAUCGGGGACAGCGAGUUCAGCGAGGAGUCAGAACCACUAACCACCCUGCAGGCCGCCCCCGACGAAGCACCCACCAUCAUCUCGGUGACACCCCACACCACCACCUCCGUGCUGAUCAGAUGGCAGCCGCCAGCCGAGGACACAAUCAAUGGCAUCCUCCUGGGCUUUCGGAUUCGGUACCGGGAGCUGCUCUACGAUGGGCUGAGGGGUUUCACGCUGCGAGGCAUCAACAACCCAGGGGCCAAGUGGGCAGAGCUGACCUCCUUGUUCUCCACGCGGAACCUGACCCAGCCCAGCCUCACGCAGUACAAGCUGGACAACCUGAACAAGCACCGGCGAUAUGAAAUCCGAAUGAGCGUGUACAAUGCCGUGGGCGAGGGGCCCUUGAGCCCCCCACAGGAGGUCUUUGUCGGGGAGGCAGUGCCCACGGCAGCACCCCGCAAUGUGGCCGUCCAUGGACCCACGGCCACACAGCUAGACGUGACGUGGGAGCCACCCCCACUGGAGAGCCAGAAUGGAGACAUCCAAGGCUACAAGAUUUAUUUCUGGGAAGAACAGCAGCGGAACCUCACGGAACGGGUGAAGACACUUUUCCUGGCUGAGAACGGCGUGAAACUGAAGAACCUGACCGGCUACACCACCUACAUGGUCAGCGUGGCAGCUUUCAACGCUGCAGGGGACGGGCCUCGGAGCGCCCCCACCCGGGGCCAGACCCAGCAAGCAGCCCCCAGCGCUCCCAGCUCCGUCAAGUUCAGUGAGCUGACCACAACCUCGGUGAAUGUGUCCUGGGAGGCCCCACAGUUCCCCAACGGUGUCCUGGAGGGCUACCGGCUGGUGUAUGAGCCCUGCACCCCCGUGGAUGGAGUCAGUAAGAUCGUGACGGUGGACGUGAAGGGGAACAGCCCUCUGUGGCUGAAGGUGAAGGACCUGGCUGAGGGCAUGACCUACCGGUUCCGCAUCAGAGCCAAGACCUUCACAUACGGGCCCGAGAUCGAAGCCAACAUCACCACGGGCCCAGGAGAAGGUGCCCCGGGACCCCCUGGAGUGCCCAUCAUCGUGCGCUACAGCUCUGCCAUCGCCAUCCACUGGUCCAGCGGAGACCCCGGCAAAGGGCCCAUCACCCGCUACGUCAUAGAGGCCCGGCCUUCAGACGAGGGGCUGUGGGACAUCCUCAUCAAAGACAUCCCCAAGGAGGUGACCUCCUACACAUUCAGCAUGGACAUCCUGAGGCCGGGCGUGAGUUAUGACUUCCGGGUCAUCGCAGUCAACGACUACGGCUUUGGCACCCCCAGCAGCCCCUCCCAGUCUGUACCAGCCCAGAAAGCCAACCCGUUCUACGAGGAGUGGUGGUUCCUGGUGGUCAUCGCGCUGGUCGGCCUCAUCUUCAUCCUGCUGCUUGUCUUUGUGCUCAUCAUCCGGGGCCAGAGCAAGAAGUAUGCCAAGAAGACAGACUCGGGGAACAGUGCCAAGUCUGGUGCCCUGGGCCACGGGGAGAUGAUGAGCUUGGACGAAAGCAGUUUUCCUGCCCUGGAACUCAACAACCGACGACUCUCCGUCAAGAACUCCUUCUGCCGGAAGAACGGCCUAUACACCAGGUCUCCGCCCCGGCCCAGCCCGGGCAGCCUGCACUACUCUGAUGAGGAUGUCACCAAGUACAACGACCUCAUCCAGGCAGAGAGCAGCAGCCUGACCGAGAAGCCCUCGGAAAUCUCUGACUCUCAGGGAAGCGACAGCGAGUACGAGGUUGACCCGAACCACCAGAAGGCCCACUCUUUUGUCAACCACUACAUCAGCGACCCCACGUAUUACAACUCAUGGCGGAGGCAGCAAAAGGGCAUCUCGAGGGCCCAGGCGUACAGCUACACGGAGAGCGACUCUGGGGAGCCGGACCACACCACCGUCGCCAACAGCAGCAGCGCCCAGCAGGGCAGCCUCUUUCGGCCCAAGGCCAGCAGGACCCCAACGCCCCAAAACCCCCCGAACCCCCCGAGUCAGCAGAGCACCCUCUACCGCCCCCCCAGCAGCCUUGCCCCUGGCUCCCGGGCUCCCAUAGCAGGAUUUUCAUCAUUUGUUUGAUGUCUGAAGAGGAAAAAAAAGAGAAGAAAAAUGGCACCAAACUCCCCCUCCACCUCUCCCCGCAGCACCGCCUGCCAGAAAACAAAAACACCAAGAAACCAAGUCAACUGUUCACCUCCUGAGUUUAUUUUUCCAGAUUCCAGAGCCAGCAAAGCUGGUGUGAGAAGGAAGGAGAAGGAAACCACCAGAGGACGUGUGUGGCCAGCGAUUGGUCAGCUUCAGACUGUAGGGCUUGCUGCGCCCUCGGGGGAAGGGGAGGAGCUGGGGGUGGGGCUGCGGUGGGCACGGUGGGCACGAGUGGGUCAGGAGAGGAAGAGAAAAGGCAAAGGGCUGGAGGGCUGCGAGGCAGGCGUGGCUGAAGGGAGAAGAAGCUUCUGGAAAUCCAGCUGGCUGCCCCCUUCUGGCAUAUGCCAGAGCCCUGGGCCCGCUGUCGGGGGGAUGCUAUGCCAGGAUGGGCACCCCUGCGGGUGAAACUCACCUCCUCUCCCUUCACCCGACCAGUGCCACGUAUGUCCCUGUCAGGGACAGAUGACCCUGCGGCCCCCUGCCCUGCUCCUCACCCUGCACUGCCCCCCCUUUCUUGCUCAACUUCCCCUGCAAGCAUUUGGUUUAUUUACAAAGCGGAAAACAUUUGAAGGAUGGGAAUUUGCCUAGCUAGCUCCUUGUUCCUAACAUAUAAUGCUUUUUUCUUGUGAAUCCAAGGACGAGGGCCCCUAGGCUUGCGCGAGAGUCUCCCCCCCUCCCCCGCCACCCCCGCCACUGAGCCUAGCUGUCCCUUUCCUUGAAGUCACUUUCUGAGCACAGAUGAGGAGAGAAGAACUUUGGGGACAGAGUAGGGGCACGGGCCACACAUCACUGGGAUAAUUGGAUGUAACGCAGGAAGUCAGGAAUGUAAGAAGGUGACUUGUUUUUUUUUCCAAUUCAGGUACCAGCCGUCCCUUCCUUAAAGGAAGAGAGAAAAGGGAACUACUUGGACAAGGAAAUUAAGUUUGCCUGGGGCUGGUGAGCUAGGCGGGGAAGAGGGAUGGCCAUAUCAGACACACCACUCUCCCUCUCUCUUCUCUUCUCUCUUCUCUCUUCUCUCUUCUCUCUUCUCUUUCUCUCUCUCUCUCUCUCUCACACGCACUUGCAAGGGAAAGAGGGGGGAUCCUCCCCAAUAGAAAUUCCUUUGGGUUCUUCUAGCCAAACAGGAACUCACUCUCAGAUCCGUGCUCCUUUCACUCUCGAUCCACAGUUCUCUGUGUCUGAAACACCCCUCCUCCUAAGCACGGGGACUCAGAAGCCCAGAGGGGUGGCCAAGUCCCUGGUCCAGGGACCAGAGCCGCCAUAGUUUGCUCAAUCCACUCAGCACAAGGUUUACAAAGAGUCAAAGACCAUCCCCACCCCCAGUGAUGUCUUCUAGGCUUGGCUCAGCCUAGCCAGUGCCUGGAGUGAGGAGGGGCCGGCCCAAACUGGACACAGGUCCUGAGAUGCACAGCCAGGCCGGCCGGGAGGAGCCGGUCAGAUGGGACCGAGGGACAGGAAUAGCUGAUGGGAGGCAAAGCUUUCACACACACACAAUCUGCUGCAAGGAAUGUUUAAAAAGCUACUCUGGUGGCCUGCAUCUUCCUAUUAGCUCGACUUCCAGAUUCAGGGGUUAGGGGGAGACUUUCUAUCUAAUUCCCUGGGCACCCCCACAGUUGGGGAUGGACACAGCUUCUGGAGAGAUGACCCAGCCAGCACGUUAAUGGGCAGGGCUCAAUGGGGAGCCCAGCACGGGUACUGCUGGCCCUGCCCGGGGGCAGAAGUGGGAGAAGCAGUGCCCUAUUUUGGAGAGUGGGGAGAACAGUUAGGGGAGAGGCCUAAGAGUGGAGGAUUUGGGGAGCAAGCCAAGGGAAGAGAGGGCCUGAGGAAAGGGCAGACCCAGCCAUGGGCUCCUCCCCAAGCACCGGGACCCCUGGGAACCGUGUACAGGGGCAGUUGGAAGACAGCUCAGCAGUCUGACCCGGCUCCGGGGCCCAGAGCGUCUCCACAAAGGCGGUCUUGGAAGGGAAGCAUAGUCGUUCCCCCAAAGGGGGACACGGGCCUGAGAGUCUCUUCCAUACACAUCUGGCAUCUCCAUACAGCACAUCUGCAACUGCCUGCGACUGAUCACGUAGCUGCUUUCUCUUUCAUCUUCUCUUUCUCUCUCUCUCUUUUUUUUAACAGCGUGGUCCUCUUCCCUAUCUGCUGUGUGUUUAACCAUUUAAGGAAGUUCCCAGUUUGCAUUAGGGAAUUAUUCCAGCCCAGCCCACUGAGGCAGUUUUUGGGGGGAGGCAGGGAUGAGUAAAAACGUGUGUGUGGGGGGGGGGCGCGUGCGUGCGCACAUGUGUGUUGCAUAUGAGGCCACAUUUCCUUUGCCUGGUGCGCUAAUGUUCGCCCUCACCCCCCCUCCCCACGUCCUCAUUCACACCCGUGCUGACACACGUACAGGCGGAAAGGCACCCUGGGCUCACGCACAUACACACAUACAUAUGCACAGAACACAAAUUGCGUGUGUGUCAGCGAAGAGGCUCUUGCAACUCCCUCUGAUGGCGUAAGUUGUCUCUGUGAGGCACUGGCAGCCUGAGUCAGUCCCACUUGGGCCACAGCUGGGAUCUGCUGUCUGAGAGGACAAGGACACUGUGCAAACCAGGGAACUCUUAGACGAGCCCAGGAAGGCAGGCUGGGCCCGAGGCGAAAGUCCACCCUUAGUCCCUACCCUCCCAUCUGAAAUGUUGCCUCCACUGCCCCAGCCACACCUGGAAGACAAGGUCUCCAGCUGGGGAACUCUAGGUUUCUGGGAGGACAUCUUUUUGCCUUUGUUUACAUAUCUGCUGGGGCAGUGGAGGCUCCCAACCCCCAUCCAGACACCUGGCUGCAUGGGGAUGGUGUGGUGGGCACUGCCCAUGGGUAACAGGGAGGUUUCCUGGGCCAGUGAUGCCAAGACCCCUGUCCAUGGGACUCCAUCCGAAGCAGGUUCACAGCAGGACACUGGCCACCUGGCACCUCUGGCUUUGCCUGGCUCUGGCCUUGGGAAAUCUCCUGUUGUUGCACCCAGCAGCUCACACUUGGCACAUCAGGGUUCCUCUUCCCCAUCCUAGCCAUGCCUCCAGGUUCCCAUUAGCUCCGAACCCAGACUGCAAGAUGAACCAAAAAGCUGCUCUGAGUUCCAGAAGCACCUCCCUCUCAGGGCUCCAGGGAGUUUGCAAACCCAGGCUGCCUGUCCUUCUGUCCCUCACCUGACACUGCCGUGAUCCAGAGGAGACAGCACACACUGCCUCAAGGUCUUCUGUCUCUGGCCACACCUCCCUGGGCCAUGCUUUUAAAGGUGCCAGAGCCGCCACAUAGCCCACCCUGGGCAUUCCCUCACCUUCCCAUGGUGCCCGCACUGGGGGAGGGGCUGGAGGCCAGGAGCGGGGAGGUGAUGCCAUCUGAGCAGCAGCCGCUGGCUCCUGAGUGCCUCUGUGUGGUCCUGCCCAGUGCACCCCUGACCACCGCCCUGAGCACAGGUGCCCUCUUGGGACCCCCCCCCUUCCAUUUGUUUCUGUAAGAAUAACCAAAAGCAUUUAAAUGCGUUACCUUUCUUUACUCAUGGACUCCAAAAACAAAAACCAACACAAAUCUUUAUUUUUUGAUUUAAAAGAUAUAAUGAAAAAUUAUGGGGAGAGUAUUCAUUAUGGCAGGUGUCUAUCUGUAAGAAAAUAUAUAUAUAUAUCUAUAUGUCAUAUAGCUUGUUAGCAGGUUUAUUUUUUAAAUGAAAGGUAAGGAAGAAUCUGAUUUGAAAUAUAUACCACGAGAAGUCCCAUGUCCUGUCAAAC